AUGAGUUCAGUGAAAAUUGUUCUUAGUGAAAAAGGAAAACAAUUGAUUGUGUUAAAUGGCUUCAAAUAUCGUUUUCACAAAUUUUUAAAGAAUAACGACAAGCGUUGGAUGUGUUGUGCGCAGACGAGAGAAAAAUGUAAAGCAUUUUUAAAAACCCAAAAUGACAACGUAGUGACUGAAAUUCGGGAUGAACACAACCAUAGCGAAUUAAACGAAGAUGCACUUAAGCGUCAAAUGUUAAGUAACUCCUUAAAACGAAAGGCCAGAGAAGACAUCGGUGAAAGAUCUAUGAAAAUUUUGCAAAAGGAAUUACGAAAUGGAGAUAUUAGUACCUUGACUACCAAAGACGUGGCAUUGGUUCGAAAAAAUAUGUAUAACGCCCGAGGAUCUCUUCUGCCUAAAUUACCAAAAAAUUUUGAAGAAGCAAUUCAGCAAAGUGUCACUGAAGUUUGGACUAAUGUUUCAUUGAAGUGCUGCCGAUUCCAUUUAGGACAAUCCUGGUGGCGCAAAAUUCAGGCACUAGGUUUAACAUCCUUAUACAAAGACAAAGAGAGUGAUGUAGGAAAAUAUUUAACAUACUGCUUUGGAAUGCCAUUUCUCAACCCAGAAGAUGUAGGAGAUUGUUUUGUUGAAGCUUUAUCAUCAAUACAGCCACAAAAUCAUAGAAUAGUAGAAUUUGCGGACUAUCUGGUCGAUAAUUAUGUCUCAAAUCGGCUAAGUUUCCGCCAGAAAUAUGGGCGGAGAUGUCAAGCAGUUUACAACGGACGACGAACGCAUGUGAGAGUUUUCAUUCCAGGUUUAACUCGUCAUUUUAUUUUGCUCAUCCUCAUAUUUUUCAAUUUUUAACAGUUUUAAUAGACUUUCAAAGUGAAUCGUAUGUUAAAAUUAGA